UGCGCAUGCGCGGCCGAUCGGCGCGCGGUCUUUCAGUUAGGGCCAGUGGUGGGGAUGAGAAACGUGCUCAUCACCCUCGAGGAGCGCCUUGAGAGACUCGCAAUCAGUACGCGCCGCGAGUUUACCGUGGGUGGUUGUGUCUCGUGGUGACUUUCAGAGGUGUUCACGCGUCGCGUUAACUCUCGACGUGCCACUUUUCGUCAUUUCUGCGUCCUUGUGAUCAAUCGAUUCUCCCGAAAAUAAUCGAAGAUUAUUGAAAAGUAAUUUCACAAAAAGAUAAGAACAUUCGUUCGGUGGCGAGAAGGAUAAGAGGAUGGCUAAGAGAAAAACGGUAGUGAUCGGUUCGUUGGAUUGUUAAAAUUCGAGGAAUUCGAAGCAGGUCCUCGGGGAAAGUAAUUACGUUAAGAGUCACCAAGUGUCCCGAGUAGAAGACGGGUAUUCGAGCAGCCCCAUCCCCUGUUCGUUCUUAAGGGAAGCACGUAAAGGACACGGCUUCUAGCUAGCUGACGUCAUCAAAAACAAACAAGCAGAUCGAAGAUCCUCGGGAAAGGAGAUAUUAUAUCCCUGGGCUGAAAGACGGAAGACAAAGAGUCGCAGACGAGACCCGUGCCACGGACAGAAAAGGGAAGAGAGCCAUUCUAAGGAUAGAAAAGAAACCGAAUGAAGACGAAAGGGAAUACAACGGUUUCAGAGUAAAGAAUCGGAUUUCUAAUUAGUCUAAUUAAUUGUAAUUUAUCAUCGAAUUCGGUUCUCCAACAACCUUGCUGCUUUUUCCUGGCUGACUCUUUAAGAUUGUCAAUUGCCUGGAACUCCCUUGAAGAGUUCUUCCAGGAUGAUAAGACGCAGCAGGACGACGAUGAACGUCUGUGGAUCUCUGCUCGACUGAUCGCCACGGAAUCGCCCAUAGUCCCAUAGAAGAACGAACGAGAGAAGGCUUUUUCUAAGCGAGAUUAAAAAAACGAUGUCCGACAGGAGCAAGUGAGGAUCCCCUUUUUUGCGUGUUCCUUUUUUUUUCUGUGCUCGACACUCGACAGAGGAGAAGAUGUGCCUGCGACACUUGCUGCUCUGCCUUCUAGGCGUCAUCCUCAUCGUGAACGAAUCUGAGGCCAGCUGGGAUGAAUGGUGGACCUACGACGGUAUUUCUGGUCCUUCGUUUUGGGGUCUGAUAAACCCACAGUGGUCUCUGUGCAGCAAAGGAAGGAGACAGAGUCCUAUCAACAUCGAGCCUGACAAGCUUCUUUUUGACCGCCACUUGAGACCAGUGGUGGUCGAUAAACACAAGGUUUCUGGACAUUUACACAACACUGGUCAGUUCCUGGUAUUCAGAGCCGAUCGAGAAGCAAAAGUUCGGGUCAACAUAACGGGUGGUCCACUCGCUUAUCAUUAUCAGUUCGAAGAAAUUUACAUUCACUAUGGAAUGGACAACGAUCAUGGGUCCGAGCAUCGUAUCAAUAAUUAUGCAUUUCCUGCUGAGAUACAAGUGUACGGCUUCAAUGCUGAAUUGUAUCACAAUAUGAGCGAGGCGCAGCACAAGAGUCAAGGCCUGGUCGCGAUCUCGUUGAUGGUUCAGCUUGGUGAAACACUGAACCCGGAGCUGCAAAUCAUAACAAGCGUGUUCAACAAAGUUAUUUAUCGUGGCGAUGCUGCACCAGUUCGUCAUCUGUCUCUGAAAAGUCUGCUUCCGGACACGAACGCUUACAUGACUUAUGAGGGUAGCACGACUCAUCCGGGUUGUUGGGAAACGGCCGUAUGGUUGAUCCUCAACAAACCCAUCUACGUAACAGCACGAGAGCUUUACGCACUAAGGAGACUAAUGCAAGGUCCGGCGAGCACACCGAAAGCACCCCUGGGAAACAAUUCGAGGCCGCUGCAGGAUCUUCAUUACAGGACUAUACGGACAAACAUCGAUUUUCACAAGCCAACACGUGGCAAGACGAUGGGUCCGUUUCGCACAACGUUGUCGUCUGAAUUGGCCCGCUGCUAUGUGGAACAGAGACGUUUUCAGCUUCCAACGCGACAGGCUCACGCGAUCAUCUUCAAAGAGAUGAUAGCACAGGAAAAGAAAAGCAGACGUGAUAGGCUUUAACACGAGAGCAGCCACGAUUAGUCGCCCAGUGAUAGAUUUUCGAUUUUUCAAUGAUCCUUCAAACAUUUUUUCAAAAAUUUUUCAUUUCUGCUGCGCUGCAGAGUUGCUAAUUUUAAUAAUUUUUCAUUCAAAAAUUUCUGUCAAUUACUAAUUCCUAACUUUCUAACAUUGUUAAAAUUAUUAAAAUUACUAAUUUUUAUAGCGCAAAUGACAGCUACACUGGCAGCCAUAGUCAAAAUAUUAAUCGUAAGUGUGACAUUGCAAAUGAUGGAAUAAGUAACAAAAUUAUUGAAAAUUCCAAGCAGAUUGAAUUGCUGGAAAAUUUCGAAGAAAAAACGAUAUCGAAUGUUGGAAUAACACAGGAUUUCUGGGUUUCUCGAACGGGGAUGAUAAGUGUGUUCGAAGGCGAGAGAAAUUUGUGUUUGUCACUGGAACACGUUCAGGAAAUCGUUCCUGUCGUCCUUUUCCUCGGGUGGCCAGGAUCGAGGCAAAUGUACCGGCGAAUGGAAAUAUUUUGAGGCACGUUUGUCUCGAUGAGCAACCUGUACAAGCUCGAUUGAGCGUGUCUCCUGUAAGUUACGACUAGUUUAAUCGACACUGACACGUUCGUUCUGAGAUUCAUUCAGUUUGAAAUUCUUUUGUUUCCGUCUGCCAGUAAAUCAUUCACUGGAGAAUAGUUUCGUCUCUUCUUUAGCUGUAAUAUUUUUUAUACGACCCUUUCAUCACGGAUAAAGAUUAAUCGUUAUCGAGAAAACUAUACGUACUUACACUAUCGGCCAUAAAUAAAAAUUUGCAAUUAUUAUUCUACGAUUAAAAUUGCAGUAUACUUUCUUAUAGAUGAACUUAUUGAUUAUGAUUAACACUUUCAGUUCCACGUCAGUCGCGUUUGAGUAACAUAGGUAUACAAAUUUCCACUGGAAUCUGUCAUCCAUUUUUGAAUCUGUCAACCUUUUUACUUACUCAUUAAUAAAAUUAAUAAAAUUGUUUACAAAAAAUCGUAGGUACACGAGGUACAGUGUAGGGAUGGAAAGAAUAUUAGCGGGACGGCACAGGGGCAAAUGGAGCACUUCGCACGCUCCGCCCUAUCCCCACAUUUGAUCCUCACGUUUAAAGUUCAUCGCAACGCUGACUUCGUACCAUCUCGCUUUGUCGCGAAGUCUCAUUCUCCUUCUUUGUCAGGUGACGCGAUCAGUGUGUGACCGCAUCGGCCAAUAACACGCGACGAUCUAAAAUGCGUGUGCGUGAGGCGUGACAUACCGACUCUGACCAAUCGUACCCGCAUUCCUUUUCCUAAUAUUCUUUUCAUCUCUCGACAGUAUGUACAUACUGUGAGGAGCUGACGAGUUUGCCGAGUUGGGCGGUCUGCGUAAUGAUGGUUGCUGACCCACUCCUGCUUUUAAGUGACCUUCUGUCACACGUAUUUUCGGUAUUGGCAGAUAGGAUCACAGUUACUAAUUCGAUGUAAGAUAAGGAAAGUGAAAACGAGGUAUCGAAAGUGAGUGAGAUGCAACUGCACUGAGCGAGCGGUUCAAGGCAUUGGCGUAGACAUGAAUUUUUUUACUUACCUUAAACAUCAUCAGAUGUGUACAGUGAGUUGCAAUGAACUUGUCGCAGUGAAGUUGGCUCCAAAUUCACUAACGCAUUCACGCCGCAGCGUCGGUGAACCGA